UCCCCUCUCCCCCCCCCCCUCCCCACUCUGUUCAAUUCAUCCCUGGGAUCCUCUACUCGUGUCCUGCCUCCUACCUGUUCUCUCCCCCCUCCGGUUCUGAAUGUAGAAGAGCGGAUAGAGGGGGAAGGAGAAGGAAGAAUUAGGCAGCCUGCCUCUGAGGACGCGCUGUCUUACUACGAAGAGAUGACUGUGGUAUAUGGCACAAUGCAUCCUUUUCAGUCUAUCUUUCUGUGAUGUAGUUUGCCACAAGGUCCCUUCCAAUCCAGUCAAAUUUUGUUGCCAUUGUACCAAAUGUGUUUUCUUUCCUCCUUAUGAAAUUGCAGGAUUCUGACCAGGACAGCCUCAUGGCUGAGGAGACUGAGUCAUCCACAGAGAUGCCUGUCCUGGACAUGGUAUUGGAUGAAGAGGAGCUGGACCAAAUAAUGCCAUUCGGGGAACAUGAGUUUGGUGAGAUGGAGAGGGGGAAAGAUGAAUUGGAGGAAGAACUGAAAGACAAAAAGGUGAGGGAGGAGAUUCUGCAUUUAGUCUCGCACAGAAAACCACGUAUCUCAACAUCAACCUGAACCUCAAAACCUUUCCCCUUUCCUCCUCUCUUUCUACUCCAUCAUUUAUUUUCCUCACACUUUCCCUUCAAUCAGUACCUGCUGCUGAAUGAGGUGUGCUGUUCUCUGGUGAAUAAGAGCACUGCUCCUGGUCAGAAGGACUGGGAUGCAGAGGAGAGUGUCUGGAAAAGGAUCCAGAACUUGUCCAAGGCCAUAUCUACCGACGAUCCCCAGUUUCUCCUCAAGGUGUGUGUUUCUGGAGAAUCUCUCUUGGUCAUGUCCCACUAGGGUCCUCUAUGGAUUUUGGGGUGCAGUAAACAGUUAUCCUAUUUUACCAUAUUUUCCUGUUCCCCUUUAGGUUGCAGUUUACACCAGACAGGAGUUAAACAUCCGUAUCACAGCUAACUUCCUAUUGGCUCUUGCGGCCCAUCUGCCCACCUCUAAGCCACACGUGCGUAGGUACUUCUGUGCAGCUGUGCAGCUACCCUCUGAUUGGCUGGAAGUGGUGAGACUCUACAGCACGGUGAGUCUUGGUCAAUCUCAGUGAAUCUCUUACUAAUCUCAACUGCUCUUUGUUUGUCUCUCUCUACAUGUGACAGACUCAGUAAGGUACUGCACAUAUUUGCUCGUCUUGAUUGCUUAAUGGGUAGUUGUUUGGGAGGCAAGGUGAUUUGUAGAUCAGUGAUUCUGAAUAUCUCUUCUAACCAUUCCACUGUGAUGUCAUCCUCAGUGUUUUGGCCACUCUUUACCCACCUGUCUGAAAAAAGCCUUGGGAGACAAGUUCAAGCAGUUCAACGAGUAUCAGCUGGCCAAAUACAACACACGCAAACAUCGCUGCAAACACAAUCGCUCUAGACCCAAAUGCAAGGUACGGCAAGCGUGUGUACAAACACACACACACACCUUGUUUUUUCUCUUCUCCAUCUUCUCUCUCUCUCUCUCUCUCUCCAUCACAGAAACCAUCCACUCAGCAGUUGGAAAAAUGGGCAAAUAUGCUCGGAAGUGAUGCCACCAAUCUGCAGAAAUAUGUGAGUGUGGAGCUAGGUUUCCAUCCUAUUGGCAACAGGUUUUCAUGUGAAUGUUCUAAAAUCCAAAUGAAGAAAAUAUGCUAAAUUUCCAUCCAGUGGUGUGUUUCCACCAAACAGUCCUGUUGCGGAUAAAAAUAUGUGCAUGAUGAAUUAGUGCAUACAAAGUUUUCAUGUACCGAAUAAAAAUGAUAUCUGUGUUUUUAAUGCAUUUUCAACUCUACCGAUUAGUUUUGUCACAAUCUGUUGCUUUAAAUAGCAAAUGUGCCCGCACUUGUCUUGGCAUGUGUUCUCUAGCCAGCAACAGCUGGCAGACACAGUGCAGGUAGGCUGGUCUAGAUGAUGAGAUUAUUAUGGAUAAGAGCGAGAAUAUUUUUUCUUUUCAAACGGCAGUCAAGCAUUUAUCAUCAUGUCACCAGAAUAAGACCCUCGAUAUUCAUUAGAAAAGAGCAUCAUACUCAUCACCGUGCACUUUCGCCACCCUGUGAAGUUUAUCAUUUAUUUAAUCUGUAGCCUAAUAAACUGCAAUAAACCGAGUCGUAAUGGGAGGACCACACACCAUAUCAUUGCGUGAUUCCAAGUUUACAUCGAUAUGAUGGUUAUUAUAUCAAUAUGUGUGCAUAAAGGCGUUUCCACCACCAUUUCUCAUAUAAUGAAUUUUAUAGACACAAAAAGAUCCCACCAUGUCGAACAAACAAAUUACCUGACAGGAUUUAUAAAAUUGUACCGAAACUUCCUGUCGUGCUUUUUUUACGGCCUGACUUUACUCGCAUAAAAACUGGAUGGAAACAGUUUGUGUUUGUAUAUUAUAAUAAUAAUAAUAAUAAUAAUAAUAAUAUGCCAUUCAGCAGACGCUUUUAUCCAAAGCGACUUACAGUCAUGCGUGCAUAGAUUUUUUUUUUUUGUGUAUGGGUGGUCCCGGGGAUCGAACCCACUACCUUGGCGUUACAAUCGCCGUGCUCUACCAGCUGAGCUACAGAGGACCACAUAUAUUUUUGUAGUAUUAUUUGAUAAUACUGUUUGAAGCUAGGAGAUUAUGAAGCUAGGACAGCAGAGUCCAUAGCCUACCCAUCUUCUGAAAACAAAGACCCCCCCCACAACUGUAAGAGCGUCUGCUAAAUGACUAAAAUGUAAAUGUUUGCAGUUGAAGAUGGAGAGAGCAGUGGUGGAUAAGAAGCAGAGUGAGUUCAGUCUGAAGAAGCUGAUCAAGAGGCUCCACAUCAAAGAGCCUGCUCAGCAUGUCCUGGCCAUACUGGGAAAGAGGUACUGUAUACCAAACACCGAUGUUGACAGAUGUUUUUUUAUAUUUUACAGAUCCAAGGAUCUAUUAGCUAACAUUUUGCUACUUUUCUGAGCUGUAUACAAUCUCGAUACUGUGCUUUGCAUGUGUGUUUUCAGGUACCCUGGUGACCCCAAGGCGUUCUCCCGCAGUGGGCUGAGUGGGGUGUGGGACAGGGAGCGGGCAGGGCAGCGCAUGAAGCUCAAACAGCCAGACACAUGGGAACGCAAACUCAGCCAAGAGGGAAACAAAGCCUCCACCUGGGAGAAACUGAUAGGUAUAGUCACAUACCUACACAAACACUCUCACAGUGAAUCAAUGCUGCAGCUAGUGGUUGUAAUAUAACAUUGUUAUAAUGCUGUCCUUAUUUAUUUUACAGACAGUAACUCUCUGCCCUUCAUGGCAAUGCUGAGGAACCUGAGGAAUAUGAUAACCCAGGGCAUCAGUGAGCGGCAUCAUCAGAAGAUUCUGGGCAGACUGACCUUCAGGGUGAGUUAUCCAUAAAUAAUUAUUACAUUUUUUGACCCCUUGUUAUAUUAUAUGUUCACGCAAUCGGCAGAAUAAAUCAUUGGACAAAUAAAAAAUAUAUUGUCAGUCCAUGUAGAUCCAUGUAGAUUCUGACCACUAGGGUGCAAGUCUACUGAAGGAUCAAAUAAAACUUGAUAGAAAUUGCAGUAGGAAAUACAGUAUGUUUACAUUAACACCCAUAUCCCAAUAAAAGAGUGGUGUUGUUACAGAAAGCAGUGAUUCAGAGCAGACAGUUUCCCUUCCGUUUCCUCUCCGCCUAUAAGGUCAUAAUGGAGCUCAACAACAUGGGUAAGAAUCUUUCACACAAACAUAAACUCUAACAACAUCAAUACAUUCUAGUUUGGAAAAGUCUACAUUUGAUGUUGUCGGACAAAGCUUUACCUCCCUCUUUUAGCCCGUGCAUCAGAGAAAGUGUUCUCCAGCUCUAAGGAGAUCCUCAGGGGCAUUCUGAAGAAGAUGCCUAAGAACAAGCGCUUCAGUCAUCUGGAUUGGGAGACGGCUGGGAAGAAGAGGCUGAGGGUGGCGUUAGGCGUGCCCUUUGUCUACCGCAUCUACAACAUGAAGAAGAGCCAGCUGAAGAAAGCCAGGUACAGACAGCAACACUGGGUAUUCACCUGGGAGAGGAAUCAGGGGAUGCAGACAGGGAAACCGAGAGACAUGGGAGAUUUGAUAAUGAAUAUUUAUCAGGUAGAGGAAGUCCAGAGGAAAACUGUAAUAUAAAAAUCUGCAUUACUGCGGUUGCGUGAUAAUAAUUAGAAGUAUGUUUAUACUGAGUAAGGAGGAUGCACUCUGAAGUGUGUGUGUGUGUCUACAGUCAGAGACUGUAUUCGCAGGCCCUUCUGGAGCAGUACCGCAAGGCUCUGGAAACUGCGGUGCAGAUCUCAUGCCGUUACAACGUGCCACCCCUCCCUGGCCGCACCAUGAUCUUCUUCGCUGGUAACAUGGGUGAGGAUGACACCUGGAGCGCCGCUCAGGACUUCUGCUGCCCGCCUGACGCAGAGGCAGAAAAAGAAGAUGAAGAAGAGAAACUCACACCCUCUGUAAGAACCCAAAACCUCAACACACUGAGUCCCUGACCAGAAACAACCCCUAGCCUCUACUCUCUACGCACUUGUGUAGAUCUAAAAUAAAUGGUGUGAAGGGAGGAGAUAAAUGAUAAAGUAUAGUCAGUAUGGUAGCAGCUUCACCCUUCCCUCAGACAUGCUAGGUUACAUUCUCCAUAUUGCUUAGACUUGUCCAGUACUCCCAGACAAGUGCCUAGUGAGUAGGGGCUAGGGCCAUACUCUACAACGCCCAGCAGCUAUAAUCUGUGCUUAUUACUGACCCUGCUGAUUUGUGAAUUUCCUCACAGAUGCAGGAGGUAGCAGUGUUGCUGUCACUGAUGAUAGCCCACAGCGCUGAGCAUCCCCAGCUGAUCCAGUUUAACUGGUGGGGUUGUGCAGAAGCAAAGCUCAAGUCGGACGUGCUGUUGGAUAAUGUCAGGCAUGUGAUGAAGCAGGUAGAGGUGAGGCUGUCGUUUCCUUUCCCUCAUGUCUAUCUACACACUGUUGUAAUGGUUUCAAUACUUUUCCAACAUAAUGCCAUCACUGUGAAGUCAGUUUAGAUAAACUGAAGUUAAUAUUCAGAAGACUUUGAACUGAAUAUUCAAAGUGCGUAGUACUAGAGAGAUCGAUAGUAUAUUGAAUCAUUUCUCUUACAGGAGGCUCAGAAUGCCUAUGACAAGCAUGAAACAUUCUCUUCUUUCAUGAGCAGAGAGAUGACGCAGAAAAACAAGGUGUGUUUAUGUGCACAUUUGUACAUUUGAAUUGUUUUCAGGGAUCCAUUUGACUUAAUUGUACUUUGAAUCGUGACCUUCCCGUCUUCCUUCUCAGGUGGACAAUAUCAUCGUGCUGGCGGAUCAUUACUUGGAUAAUAACAUGGAUAUGGCGCUUGACCGAUACAGGAAGGAUGUGAACAAUAAAGCCCUCGUAGUGAAAAUCUUCUUUGGGAAAAGGUAGGGGGUGCUUUUCUGUGUGCUGAGCAGCAGCACAUCUCUGCCACGUAGGAGAGAGCAAGCAUUUACUAUUCUAUGAGAAACAACCUUUUCUUUCAAUAAGGAGCAUUUUCAGUACAUGUUCUGUAUCCCCAGUGUGUUAACAGCUACAACCUUCACUGUGUAUGUCCUGCCUCUGUCUGUUGCAGGACGGGAGACCAAUCCACAGACAGGAACUGUGUGGUACUCCAAGGCUUCAGCGAGCAGAUCCUCAGGCAAGCUUUCUUCUCAUUCACCCUCUUGUCACUGACACACACACAUACACACACACCUACCUUGUGGCAUGGUGUCUCUGAAGUGUUUGUGUAACUCAACAGGUUUGUGGCUGAAAGAGGCUCAUCUAGACUGCUGGAUCACGUGGAGCACAUAGACAAGCUGCAUCACAUUCUCCCGCCACAGGGGUGUGCUAAAGAGGCUGAGCUAGAAGCUGCCAUCACCCCACUUCCUGCCACCCCAAAGUUGAGGUACUGUGGCAGGGCAGGUUGAAUACAUUUCCUUCAAAACUGGUUUGGUUGUCCAUGAUUAUCCAUACUUGAUUAUUGGGCUGUCUCUGACAACAUAGAGCCUUCAUUUCAGGGUAGCCAUAGGGUUACCUGAGUGGCGCAGUGGUCUAAGGCACUGCAUCGCAGUGCUAACUGUGCCACUAGAGAUCCUGGUUCGAAUCCAGGCUCUGUCGCCGCCGGCCGCGACCGGGAGACUCAUGGGCGGCGCACAAUUGGCCCAGCAUCGUCCAGGGUAGGGGAGGGAAUGGCCGGCAGGGAUGUAGCUCAGUUGAUAGAGCAUGGCGUUUGCAACGCCAGGGUUGUGGGUUUGAUUCCCACGGGGGGCCAGUAUAAAAAAAAAUAUAUGUAUUCACUAACUGUAAGUCGCUCUGGAUAAGAGCGUCUGCUAAAUGACAAAAAUGUAAAUGUAAAACCACAGAGAUGAACGAACACGAAACAAACUGAGCAUUACUCUCCUUUCUCUCCUCUUGUAUCACUGACUCUCUUAUCCCCCUCCUUUUCUCUGCUUGUCCUUUCUCUCUGUCCUCCUGUCCUUUCUCUGUCCUCCUGUCCUCUCUGUCCUUUCUCUCUCUGUCCUCCUGUCCUUUCUCUCUCUGUCCCCCUGUCCGUUCUCUCUCUGUCCCCCUGUCCGUUCUCUCUCUGUCCCCCUGUCCGUUCUCUCUCUGUCCCCCUGUCCGUUCUCUCUCUGUCCCCCUGUCCUUUCUCUCUCUGUCCCCCUGUCCUUUCUCUCUCUGUCCCCCUGUCCUUUCUCUCUCUGUCCCCCUGUCCUUUCUCUCUCUGUUCUCCUGUCGUUUGCCCAUGUCCUCCCUGUCUCUUUAGAUGGCGAGGCGUGCGUGUGUUUGUCUCCUCCACGUUCAGAGACAUGCACGCUGAGAGAGAUGUUCUGGUGCGCAGUGUGUUCCCUGAGCUCCGGCGUCGUGCGGCACCACACUGCCUCUACCUGCAGGAGGUGGAACUGCGCUGGGGGGUGACUGAGGAGGAGACGGGGCGCGUCGUGGAGCUCUGCCUCUCAGAGGUGUGCCGUAGCCAACUGCUGCUAGGCAUUCUGGGAGAGCGAUAUGGACUGCUGCCUCCCCGUCCAUCCCUACCAGACCUCCCACAAUACAGCUGGGUAAGGUUUGCCUUCUCAAGACGCUAUCUCUCUUUCCAUAUCUCUCUUUCUUAGUCCUACUAAGCUGUCUGUUUGCACAAAAUGUCAUGUUUUCUAUCAGGAGAGAAGUUUUAUUUGCAGCCACAUCUAGUCAGAAAACAUGUUUAAGAUAAAGAUGAUAUUUUUGUAAUGAUUUGGUUACCCUUCUCUACAGCUGGAUUCUGCUCCAUCGGGGUUGUCCAUCACCGAGAUGGAGAUUCGACAGUUCCAGGCCCUUCAUCCAGACACAGCUCAGAAUCGCAUGUUUUGCUACUUCAGGUCACCCCACCUGUCCAGGUAGACAAUAUCAAAUCAGUCCACUUCACAUAUCCAGGUUCACACCUUGAAAAAUACUCAUUUGUCCAAUCGUUCAUUUGCCAAUGCCUCAUAUGAACAAUAAGAUUAUGACUGUAUGCAUUUGAAUAUUAAAUAAUAUAAUCAUGUUAAUAAUCGUCAUACAAAACGUGUACAAUGUUUGCUUCCUGAUUUCUCAGGUCUGUUCCUGUGGCGUGGAGGACAGACUUUGCUCCUGAGUCCAAGGAGGCUGAAUGUAAGAUGGCCGACCUGAAAAGAAGAAUAGUGGAUAGUGAAGCUAAAGUCACAGAGAAGUGAGCUCAGUUGUAGUUCCUUACACAUUGUCUUGAAGUAGCUUUAUUAAGAUAAUUGGUCUCAUGUGCAUUGGUAUCAUGUGCUCUCUCUCUCUCAGUUACCCCUGUGAGUGGGGUGGUGUUGUGGAUGGGAAGCCCUAUGUGAAAGGCCUGGAGGAGUUUGGGAAGGUGGUGCUGGAGGACCUUUGGGGGGCGCUGUUGAAGCAGUUUGUGGAGGUCAGAGACUUUGACUAUGACAGACAAUUUAACAUUGAAGCCAUCUCCCUCCACCUUGGGUUCCACUUCCACCAAUCAUUGUAUUGAUGUUGUUUCUCUGACAGAAACCGGAUGAAAGUGAUUCCAGGUCAGAUCUGUCAGAGCAGGAAGUGCACCAGGGCGCCCUGCAGCGGCAGUUCUUUGGCCGUGCCAAGCUGCUCUCUGGGGCGGUGGGCAAGGUGCAGGAGGCUCAGCUCAAAGGAGGAAUGGUGCUGCUGGAGGGAGCUCCAGGAGAGGGCAAGACUGUCUUCAUGGUAAACCGUAGCAGCAGCUUUAGCAGAGAUACACAAACAUACUUUAUUCGCUCAGUAUAAAGAUAUUAUCCAUAUUUUUGUCCUACCCGAUUUCUGUAAGGUUUUUCUUAUGCAUUGUCUCCUCCCUUCACACAGGCUGCUCUGGCGAACGCCCUAAGAACUCCUACCAAGUCCCAGAAAACCCCUAGAGGUGAUGUCAUCUCCUACUCCACUGCUGCUACCCAAUCAGCAUGCACUGUGGAAAACCUUCUACGCUGCCUUGUACAGUGGUUACGGAGAGGCAAGGAAAAAGAGGACUGGCCUCUCCCUUCCUCUUAUAAGUGAGUGCAGACAGCAAACAUUUCAUCCAGAUUUUGUCAAAUGGCCUUUCAAUGUCCUUGCCAAUAAAUGUGCUUGAGUCAAUAGUAAGGGCCAUUGCUGUUCAAGACUAACCCAACCAUGACUGUUUUAUCAUAGAGAUCUGCUGACAGAAUUCCACUCCCAGUUGAGUGACACCAGGAAGGACCAACCACUGGCCCUGCUAGUUGAUGGGGCGGAGCAUGUGCAGGAUGGUAGAGGACAGCUGACCUCUGAUUGGAUACCACAGCACCUUCCUCAGGUCAGAAACUCAGCCUAAAUAUACACAGAUGUUUUCAGUUUAUCUGUGUACAUGGUGAUCACAGGAGGUGGCACCUUAAUUGGGGAGAACGGGCUCGUGGUAAUGGCUGAAGUGGAAUUAGUGGACGUUUUAUCAAAUACAUCAAACACAUGGUUUCAAUGUGUUUGAUGCCAUUCUGUUAGCUCCGUUCCAAACAUUAUUAUGAGCCGUCCUCCCCUCAGCAGCCUCCACUGUAGUAUCAUAUAGUAUAGGAUUUAACAUAACGCAUACAAAACUUCUACUCUUUCUUUUGUUGUGUUCUUCUGACAGGGUGUGUCUUUGGUGCUGAGUGUCACCUCCACUUCGGCCCUGCUGCGAGUCCUCGCCAAGAACAAACGGGCCUUCUUGUUUCCUUUAGGACAGCUUUCUUUGCCGGACAGAAAGGAGAUAGUUCAAAAGGAACUUGCCGUUUAUGGGAAGAAGCUUAGUGACUCUGCCUUCAAUAAUCAGGUAAUUAUCUUUACAUUUUAGUAAUUUAGCAGAUGCUCUUAUCCAGAGUGACUUACUGUAGUGAGUGGAUACUUUUUCAUACUGGUCCCCCGUGGGAAUCGAACCCACAACCCUGGCGUUGCAAGCGCCAUGCUCUACCAACUGAGCCAUAUGGGAUCCCAUAUCAUCACACUGAAAAGCCUACUAACAGUGUUGUGAAUAGUAUGGCCUGCUCUGUAUAAUUUUGUCACCAUUAAUUAACUAUUGUCUCUGUGUACCUGUAUAGCUUCAGACCCUUCUGAUGAAGAAGGGAGCAGUGAGUCCACUUUACCUGCACCUGGCCUGUGAGGACCUGAGGAACUUUGCCUCUUUUGAAAAGGUCAGACAUCAUGCAUGUCACAAUCACAUUGACCCGACCCAUAGUGACCCAUAGUCAUGAUGAUCUGUGUCUGUGUUCCAGAUGAAGGAGAGCCUCCAGGCUCUUCCUCCAUCUCUGAGUGAGUUGGUGCAGCACAGCCUGAGCAGACUGCAGUCCCAGUACAGAGAAGUAGGACUGGGCUGGGCGUUGGCCGCCUUGACUGUCAGCACCACCGGUGAGAACCUGGGCACUUCAAAACCACCUUAUUCACUACUCACUGACUGCAUACACUGUCUUUUCAACACACACACCUCCUAUAUCAUCUCCCGAGUGGCGCAGUAGCUGUGCCACUAGAGAUCCUGGUUCGAAUCCAGGCUCUGUCGUAGCCGGCCGCGACCGGGAGACCCAUGGGGCGGCGCACAAUUGGCCCAGCGUCGUCCAGGGUAGGGGAGGGAAUGGCCGGCAGGGGAUGUAGCUCAGUUGGUAGAGCAUGGCGUUUGCAACGCCAGGGUUGUGGGUUCGAUAAAAUAAUGUAUGCGCUAACUGUAAGUCGCUCUGGAUAAGAGCGUCUGCUAAAUGACUAAAAUGUAAAUGUAUAUGUUACCCAAAUCCCCUCAUCUCAACAUGCACUCCUUACCUGGUGGCUGGCGGUGGUGUGGACCAAUUGUUAUAUCUGCUCAAGUGACUAAAAUAUAACACUCACUAAUAUUCAUACCCUACUUACUAAUCACGGUUACUCAUCUCAUUCAGCAAUUGUGCUCUGUGACAUGUCAUGACAAUUCCGCCCUGGUUCCAUUGCAGGCCUGAGGGAGAGAGACCUGUAUGCCAUACUGAACAUGUGCAAUGGCCUGACCUCUGGAGGUGAGAAGGCAACAUGGCAAGAUAUGCUGCACUUGGCCAGAAAGCCCAUAAAGCGGGUCCCAAUGGCAACCUUCUCCCACAUGGUGCGGAGUCUACAGAGGUAUGAGACUGUGUCAAAUGAUGGGGAGUCAGAGGUCAGACUUGGGUUGAUGAGGCAAUCAAACGAAUAUCGGCUGAUGUUCAAUUCUCUACCCUUCUCCCAGAAGUGUGCACUUGUUCACUCCCUCUCAUGGAAUGCGCUGGUGUAAGAAAUAUGAUGGGAACGACCACUACUAUCCACUGCUUUUAACGAAGGGGGAAUGAAUGAGUAAUUGUACACUGUGGAAUGGAGAAUGGUAAGGAAUUGAACGUAAACACAGUCCAUCUCUUUGUUGUUGACCCUCUUCUGCAGCCUGAUUGAUCCGUCCCACUGUCACGGCCCGGAUGACCUCCUGGCACUGACCAAUCCCGAGGUCAGGCUGGCCUUUAAAAAAGAGCUCCUCCUACCAGGAGAGGCUGACUGGACCAGGGCUCAUAUCCUGUUGGCAGGUAGCUACUAUUGUAAAGAUCCUACACACGAAUUCACUGCUUACAUCUGUAUAUAAUCAUACAAAACACACAGACAUAGAUACAAAUGGAUUUGUUUGUCUUUCUCUCUCAGCCCAUCUUUGGGUGCUGGCAGAUCCUCAGGGAACAUGCACAUUUCUUCACUGUGAGGCCAGCUCCAUCUUGAACCUGCCUUUCCACCUGGUCAGUGACACUGCCUCUAGCUUUUAACCUCUCUCCCAGUUGACCACACCUUAACUCUUGGUUGUCUUUGGUCAGAUGAGAAGUGGCCAGUGGGAGGCACUGCAUUGCCUGCUCUCUAGUUAUAAUUUCCUGUUUGCCAACGUGCGCCAUGGCCUCCUGCACCACCUCCUGGAGACCUACAGCUUAUUUGGUAAGUCAGCUCUCUGGAGAUAUGUAAGUACUUCAUUCGAUGAUAGGUGUUAGGUUAUCUAGUAACUUUUCAUCAACUCUACUUCUACUUCACUGCAGGCAAGAGGUUCGAAUCGGAAGGUAUUCGUUCAUGGGACACUUUAGGUAAUAGAAUUGAUCCUUUUCUACCGGUUACCUCUAGAGAAAAGUCUCUCUAGAAUCUGUUCCUCAGACAGAAAGCCCAGAGUUGAGUCUUCCUCUCCUUUUUCCUGUGAAGACCAGAGCGGUCUGACGGAUUGUGUCGGGUUCCUGCAGCGCCAUGCUCCACUCCUGUCCUCAUGGCCAGCCCUGUUUCUGCAGCAAGCUCUCAAUGAGCCCAACCACACUGACGCCCAUGUAUGGGCACAAGGCAUGAUGGGAAAAGGAGGGAAAGGGGUGCAUGUGAUGAGGUGGCUGAACAAUGAACAACAUACCCAGCCGGAAACCAGGUAGCUAAUCUUCAUGCCGUUUGUACAAGUGAUAUUUACAGUUAAUGCAGUUAGACCAUAUUGACCUCUGUGUUCGCUACCUCAGUGAGUUAGUUAUAUUGUUUCUUACCUUAGUAGUGAUGAUCUUAGUGAUGCUGGUGUCCUCUGUGUUACCACAGUAAGCUGGUCUCCACCUUCCCCUCUGAGCCCACCUGUGUGGUUGUGAGUCCAGGGGGUGGGGUCAUGGCAGUAGGGACUGGACAGGGCACCCUCCACCUCGUCCACACAGAGACUGGACAGGUAAACUCCUGCUCUCUGUCCAUAAAAACAAUAUGCCACUGACCUAACAGACUAGGACAGGACUUACUGCUGACUAUAUGCCACCAUGAACACUAAAAUAUGACAGUAAUGUCUUUCAAAUGCUCCAUAUAUUUGAAUCGAAGUCCAUUUUACCUUGACCGUUAACAGGAAGUGAGGUCACUGGUGAGCAGCUGUGACGGAAUCUCAGGAUGUGUCUUCCUGAGGGAGGGGCUUAUGGGAACUACUUCAUUUGAUGGACGAAUUGAAUUGUGGGAUGUUGAGAAUGGCUGCAGGUGAGACAAUGCUUGGAAUAAAAGAAAGUAUUCCCCAGGCCUAUAUAUUCCCCAGGCAUAUACAAUAGCUUUACAAAUAUGGGAUUACGAAAUUCCGAUCUUGCAGUCACAUGCAAAAUGGUCAACUGUCUUGUCUUUCUAGGACUGCCCUCAUCGAUGGCCACUCAAACAGAAUAACAGGAAGUGACAUCAGUGCAGACCGGAAGCACCUUGCAACUGUGUCCCUGGACUUAAGGCUUAAAGUGAGUCUCGCAUCAAGACUACGCCAGUCGCUCUGAUUACUACUUCACCCAUUAAUUUGAACGUUAAUGUUAUCAAUGUUAUUCUCCACAGGUGUGGUCAUCUCCAAAGGGCAGUCUGGUCACAGCCCUCUCCAGCCCUAGCCCUCUGAACUGUGUGACCUUUGACCCCGAAGGUCAUCUUGUGGCAGCGGGGGGUUGGGAUGGAGCUGUGCGUCUGUGGAACUGGCUGAAGGGUGAAGUUACGGUGAGUCGAAUGAAGGACAUAUUGCGAGCAGAGAUGUCACACUGUUAAAUGUUUUAUUCCCUCGUCGUUUUAACACAACCUUUCUUUCAUCAUUCCUCCUUUCCAGACUCUCUCUGGUCAUCAGAGGUCAGUACGCAGUCUAGCUUUCUCUCCCUCCUCUUCUCUGCUUUGCUCUGGCUGUCUGUCUGGAGAGGUGAGGCUGUGGUCAGUUCCAGCCUCUACCUGCGUGGGGCGCUACCAGGCUCACAGCGGAUCUACAGAGGUGCUCACCUUCCUGCUGGGAGGGACGGUACUCCUGAGUGCUGGAUCUGACCACACGGUGAGAAGGAUGGUUUACACACGCACACACAGUGAAGAUCUCAAUUGCUUACUCCUUGUGUCCUCUCUCCUCGUCUUCUUCUCAAAACCCAUUGGAGGAGAAGGUCAGAGGGGAGGGACCUCUGGCUUUCUCAUCCAAUGGGUUUUGAGAAGGAGACGAGGCGAGCGGAUGCUAGGAGUAAACAAUUGAGAUCUUCCCAUAUUCACACAUUUUGAAAGCUUCCUUGUUUACCUGUCCCCCGUCCUCCACAGGUCCAGUUAUGGUCAGGUGGUCUGGGUCGCUCUGUGAAUGUGUUUGGAGAACCCAAGGUAUGCUGUUCCACUCAUCUUUCAGAAGUUCCUCAAUUUCCAUUUCUGUCAUUCGGAAGCUCAAAAAUCACUUUGUUUGCCUUGACAGGAGUCUGUUGUUCAGAAGGGAAAGAAGAUGUCAACCACGGAGCCCGCUGCUCUAUGUGUGGCUGUCACUGGUGGUUAUGCUGCAGUUGGUUACCAUGGUGAUGGGUUGAAGCUCUUCAGUCUUGAAUCAGGUAUAUGGUUUUAAGUUUGCUAACAAACACCAACUCUGCAAGCCAAGGAAAUGAAUCAAUUUAAUAAAUCACUGAACACAACAUCAGUGAUUCAGAACUGAAUGAAACCACCCCAACCCUAUUGUGCAGGUGAGAGGACGUGGGCUAGCAAGGACCUGCGGGUGUCCAUUCUCUGCCUGAUGUGGCUGGCUGCAGAGGAACCCGACCUGCUGGUGUCUGGGGGCGGGGACCAACGGCUGAGGGUGUGGAGGAGACAGGAGGAGGGAGAGGCAGACAUGGUGCUGCUGGGACGUUUUGGGUUGCAACAAGGCCCCAUCCUGGCCCUGGCACAAAACUCCUCUUAUCUGGCCUCUGCCUCAGGUCAGACCAAUAACUAAAACACAAAUUAAACACUCAGUUGAUCAAUAGUUAACUCAUUUUGUACUAAUCACUAAUUUAUCUAAUCAUUGUGUUAAGACAAUUUACUAACUUUUUCCAUCUCUUUCCUCAGAUGACUGUUCCAUUGCUCUGUGGGCAGUGAAGGACUUGACCUCUGACACCUGGGUUGACCCCAGUGUGAUCUCUGUCCUGAGAGGUCACAGUGGAGGGGUCACCUGCCUGGCCUUCAGUCCAACUGGGGAGGAGUUGCUGUCUGGAGGAAAAGAUCAGGUAUAGGUUUUCAGAGUGUGUUCAUAUUUGAGUUUCGGUUGGUGUGUAAUCUCAGUUAACCCAGAACUAAAGUAAUUGUAAUUGGUCAGAUGCUCGAUUUAAGUUCUGGGUCCAUACGUGUUAAAGGAAGAGGGAGAACGGGGAUCGGAAGCGGAACUAAGAGCUCCACCCACUCUCUUUGCAAGUUACGAGCAAGUCUAUUGGCCAAAUGUUCCCUUCAGAAAUUUGAAAGAUGCUAACACCUGUGAAAUCGUGUUUUGUCUGAAAUAACCAGUGACAAAAAAAAACAAGCACUGAAACUAAUGCUGCUCCUUAUCUCAUGCAUCCCGAUGUAUCAUGACAGAUCUACGCUACCAGUUCUGUUUACGUAGUCAGUCCACGAGAGAUUAGUUGGUGUGUUGCAAUUUUACUUUUAUUGUGAAUAGUGGGGAUGCUGUUGAUGGCAAUGACCAAGAAUAUUGAGAGCUGUCUGUUGUCACUUGUUUACUUGUGACUGUUGUGGUGAUAAUGUGACAUUUUCCCUCAGGUUCUAAUGGUGUGGAAUGCCAGUUCCUCUCCUCCUACUCUCACUCAGUCUCUACCACACUGUCAUGGAGACUGGAUAACUGGCUGUGUCUGGGGCCCAAACUGUGUGGUGAGUGUGUCUGUGUAUAUAUAUUUUUUUUUAUAUGACCAUUUGUUGCCUGUUUUUAUCUGAUGAUAAUUCCCAUUUUAACUAGAAAGAGACUUUACUGAAUUAAACCUGAGUAACUUACUGUCUGUCUGUCUCUCAGGUGAGCUGUUCCAGUGACUGCAAGAUCCGUGUGUGGGACCUACAGAAGGGUCGCAGUGUGAGAGAGAUCCUGGCGAGAUCCUCCCUCAGUGCAGUCUGCUGUCUGGUGAGUCGAACAGUAGGAUGGCAGUGUGGACCUCUCUAAAUUGGUACUAGAUCGAUGGCGUUAAACUGUAGUCAUAAUGGAGAAGUUGUUGAGGAAAAAACGUCUGUCUUCAGGGUGAAAUUGUUGUGUCUUCAUGUAAUAUAUGAAACACUGUAAGUUGUGAUGUUUCCAUUUUGUCUUGAUGAUGUUUGUGUUGUCUUGGGGGGUCCGCAGGGGGAGUUUGUGAUAGCAGGUUGUGCCGAGGGUGAACUGCACGUGUGGAAAUGGGAUUCAGGGAUGGAAAUCAGCCGGAUUUCAGCUCACAAGUCACGCAUACACCACUGUUCUGUGCUACCUGACCCAGGUACUGGAUCUUUACUAAAUACUUACACACAUAUUAAUAUUAUUUCCCUUUUCAAAAUACUAUGAUACACAUACCAUUGUGAUCAUGUAGUGUAUUGUUCCUAAAUGUUAUAUAUUCAGACAAGACCAAGGAGACUAAGCAGGAGGACAUGGUGGUUGCUACAGCAUCUGAUGAUGGCACAGUGAAGCUGUGGCACCCUUUCCAGGUUUGAUGAAUGCAAUUUGCUUGUCAUUUCUAGGAUUUAGGUUGAUUUGAAUAAGAUGGUUCAACAAUAACAUCAACAGAUACAUGUAUCAAUAUGCAGUGAUGCUUGGUCUGAUUGUCUCUUUGCCUCUAAUUCUAGGUACAGCACCACAGCACCUUGCAAGGCCACAGCGGAGGGAUACACGGAGCAGUCUCAAAGCAGGAUGGAGUCCCGGCAUUCCUCACUGUGUCUGAAGAUCGGUCGUUGAGGUCUUGGAGCGUUGCUGCGGCAAUGGGUAACACAUUUAUCAACCUAAAUUGUCAACCUAAACCAAUCCUCCAAUUUCCAUACUUGUUGUUUUUUGUUUAAUGUAUUAAAUUCCCCCUCUUUAUUCUUUCCUCCAGAGAGUCCUCUCAACCAGAGGGGCACUGUUACUGCUCUGUCUUUCUCCCAGAGUGGCGAUGUGCUGCUGUCUGGCUAUGAGUCUGGCAGAGUGGAGAUAUGGAAACACAAUUCUGCAGUUGGCCACAAAAAGGUAUCUCCAUACAGGACCUUGUAGUGUUAUUGUGUUUCUCACACUGACUAAUAGAACAAAGUUGGUUUAUCUUUGAUUUGCUUGUGUCGCUCAGGUGUCUGACAGUAGUGUAACAGCGAUAUGCUCCAUGCCUGAUGGCCAGUUUGCUGUGGGAUGCAGGCAACGCUCUGUGUCAGUGUGGAAGCUGGAGUGGAAUCCUCAGCACAAUGUUGCAAGGUCAGCUUUUGGCCAUUUAUAUGUCAAGUUCUCACACUAUGGUGACGGUUGCUAUUGGCCCAAUUUGCCAUUUGUAAGAGAUUAAGGCAGUAUCGGCUGGUUGCAAAUUUGUAAAACUUUCAGUAGUACAUGGAUUACAUUUUAGUCACCAUUUGUUCUUGUACUCCUGCAAUGCCUGCUGGUAAAGACUGUCAUCCUUUUGUCCGUAGUCUGUUGAAGGUGUCCACAUACUCAGUGCCUACCCCAGUGAUGCACCUGUACUACUGCUCCAUCCUGCUGGGAACCUGUGAGGAUGGAAAUAUCAUCAAUGUCCUCGCUGACGCUGAUAGAGAAAUUAACAAGUAAAGCACACACACACACACACUUAUGGUAUACACACAUUAUUAUGUGGUAGACCAGGACUAGACUGAAAAAUACUGACUUGAAAUGUACAUAAAUUGCCUAAAUUGCAGUUGGAAGGAUGACACACAAAUUCUUGGGAUGGUGGCCAACGAUGAAAAAAGCACUUGGCUGGUGGGUGAGAAGAAAGGACAGGUUGUACUUGGCUUCUUGGUGAGUUUACCACCAUCAUCACCGACACAUACAUCAUAACCAUCAUCAAUGACAACACUGCUGCUGUUUUUAGAUUAUUGUUUUAAUAAGAGUACUAUUGGUAGAUGAUAAUAUGGUCCUAUCUGCCUUCCCUAGUAUGCCAUGGGCCCAAAGACUGACCUGCAGUCAUCAUGUGGUGAAAUUAAGCUAGAAAUGGAGGAGACUUGUGGUGGAAAAGGUGGCUGGAUAACUGCAGUGACUGUGGAGAGAGGUAGCUGCACUGCAGUACAAUGACACUCAUAUACAUUUUGAUACUACUUGUGAAUCAUCUGUCAAUUUAUAAUCUAUUAACUCCACUGUUAUUCUGUGUCCUGUCUCCAGAGUUGGUGGUGUGUGGAGAUUCCAAGGGGAACAUGUGGUUCAACCAGCCACCAAAUGUGAACUCCUGGAGCAGCAGGAAACCUGUAAGAUCUGUCCCCUUUUCUCUGAUGAUGAUGAUGAUGGUGGUGACUGACUUGAAGAGGAAACUGUUGUCUUAUUUUCGAUGAUAAUUUGUAUGGAUUUUCCCUAGGCACACAGUGACAGGAUCAGUGUACUGAGACUCACCAACAGCACGAUGAUCUCGGCGUCCCAUGACAGAACUGUCAAAAUGUGGGACAGAAACACCAAGAAACAGGUGCAUGUCAUUCUAACUCUUCAAUUUUCACACACUCAAAUAAUUUCAUAAAGAAUGGAUGAGUAGUCACAGUAAUAUACUGUUUGUGUGUGUUUGCUUACACUAUCUCUCUGUACAGGUGGGUGUGUUUGUGUGUUCGGGUCCUGUUCUGGUCUUGGAGGUGAACCCACACUGCUCCAGUGAACUGGUGUGUGGCGAUGCACUGGGCCAGCUCUACUUCCUCUCCUGGAGAGAAUAACCCAGUGUACACACACAGUCCAUUGUAUACACACUCUGCUCCAUACACACACAUGCAAUCAUAAUUAACACACAUAGCAGCGAAGGGGGGACCAACUCCAUAUUA